AUGACUCCGAUCACCAAAUUCCUGGCUCUCGCAGCUCUUGCUGCGGGCGCUGUCGCUGUGGCGGACUCUGACAGCCCUCCAUCGAGCAUUCCCAUCACUCUGCCAGAUGACUCACUCGUGUACGCCUCAACCCUUUACGCCUCACCACUUGUCGCCCGUCGUGACAAGGUCAGCUGCAGCAGGGGUCACAGCUGGGACGAGAACACCGGAGUCGAACUCAACCACUUCGUCGCCGACUUCGCUGCCACCUAUGAUGGCAGCUCCCUCGCUCGUGGCGCCGAGUCUUCCGAGUGGUACACCGCUUCAAACGGCGGCAAGUUCUACCUCUCUGUCGUCAACCGUGCCUGCGACAACGUCAAGAUCGAGUCCGCCACCCACACCCUCUCCCUCGCGGUCCAUGCCUGUGAGAUCGAGGGCAGCGGAAAGUACUCUGGUGGCAUGGUGGAUUACGGCAUGACUGAAGAGACUGCUACCGGCUGCGGUUACUACGUCAUCACCUACACGUCUGUCGACACCACCAGCAGACUCGGCCGCCCAGCCAAGCGCGGCUCCAACUGCCCCACUUGCGCUCCGUUCUGCCUUGAACCCUUCUCCACCUGCAACCCCCCGGAGUGGUCCCGCUGCAGCCAGCACGAGAAGGACUGUAUCCUUGGUCAAGCCAGUAGCUUCUCCGGCUGCCUGAUGGCUGGAAACUGCGCGCGUGGUGCCGACACCACCAGCAAGCUCGUCAACCCAGCCAAGCGUUCCGACACCUGCGCCACUUGCGCUCCGUUCUGCCUUGAGCCUUACUCCACCUGCAACCCACCCGAGUGGUCUCGCUGCAGCCAGAACGAGAAGAACUGCAUCCUUGGCCAAGCCAGCAGCUUCUCCGGCUGCCUUAUGGCUGGAAACUGCGCGCGUGGUGCCGACACCACCAGCAAGCUCGUCAACCCAGCCAAGCGUUCCGACACCUGCGCCACUUGCGCUCCGUUCUGCCUUGAGCCUUACUCCACCUGCAACCCACCCGAGUGGUCUCGCUGCAGCCAGAACGAGAAGAACUGCAUCCUUGGCCAAGCCAGCAGCUUCUCCGGCUGCCUUAUGGCUGGCAACUGCGCGUCAUGA